AUGCCACCCCUAUCCGCAACGACGAGAUCGGAAAGAAUCUGGGAAAUCAUGCGAGGGCAGAUUGUCAUACAUCCCACAGUGCUCAUUCUCGGAUCUGGAGAAAUUCGAAAUUAUGGCCGAUAUCCGGAGGACCCCCUGACGAGCCGUAUCUACGAAAUACCACUGAAGAAGCGCGUCUCUCUACAUCUGAACUUCUACGACGGCCGAGACGAUCCCAAGCAAUGGAUCACCUCCUUCAUGAUAGCCAUGAGAAGACAGAAGUACGCUUCGCCGGAGGAACAAAACGCCCACUUCUGCCAAGCCCUCGCCGAGCAUCUGCGCGGCAAUGCCCAAGCAUGGUUCGGCAACCUCCGGGCCGACUCCAUCGAUAGCUUCGACGAUCUGGCAGCCGCCUUCCUAAAGCAACACCUCCGUUUCGCACUAGACGACCUCGUCCUCUGCAAAACCGAUGAUGAUACGAUCUAUAGUCUCGGCAAAUUCGGCCCCGAUUGGGAAGGACCAUUCCGUGUCGCGAAAGUCAUCAAACCAGGAGUCUAUCAGCUGGAAGACAACCUAGGCAUCACGUCUGAUCGCCUUUGGAGCUCAUCGGACCUGCGCAAGUUCCACGACUAG